GCUUUUUUAGAGUUGCCACCUAUCCAACGCCGCGAAAUUGCGCGUGGAGCACUAUUUGUUAUUAAAUUGUUAUUAAAUUGUACAUUUUAGUUGUUAAGAAAGAGCGAAAACAAUGCCUGCGGUGGAGAAGAGCGUGAUCACCGACUGGAAGCGCCUGUGGCAGAUGGUCUCCGGAAUCCACUAUGAGACGCCCCAGGAAACGGUACGGGAGGAGCUGAUGAACGUGGCCACAGAACUGCAGGCCGGGGUGCUCCAAUUCAAGCCCAAGAGCGCGUCCAACGUCCAGUUGGGCUCGCUGCUCAAAGAGAAGAAGCAGGACAAGCUGCUGCCCUUCACCGAGCGACUGCAGGAUCUGCUGGAUCUGGAAUCCGCCCAGUGCUGGGAGAUUCUGUGCUAUUACCUCACCCAGGAGUACCGCGGCUCGGCUAGCCUGCUCACCCAACUAAUCUCCACCGAGACUAACAUGGCCAAGCUGCACGAGGACAUUCGUCACUACUACUCGCUGGAACGCAUGAUCGUCCUCAAGAUCGUUAAGAACCUGAUCGUGUUUCACCGUGUACCGAACCACCCCUACAACAAGGAGUAUCGCGCCGUGGUAGAGAAGAUUACCCUCUCCCGCCUAAGAGAUUCAUACUUAGGCCAACUAGAGGGCCUGAUUGGCGAACUGCCUCCCAGAAAGCUGAUGGCGGGCGAGUGCUUCCACUCCACGGAGCGUUUGAUUGCCUGGUCGGAGAGGAACGCCCGCGAGAUCAACGAGGUGCUGCACAUCCUGCUCCUGCUGGCGGAACACCUGCCCAUGGGCUUGGAGCAGAUCAAGAGGAUAUUCGCCGCAUGCAAGCAACACUCUUUCGGAAAGAUUCAGAAUUAUCUCGACGACAGCCAACCAUAUCACCAGGAGUUAAUCCGCAGCCUAACCUACUCCGAGCUGAUGCUCAUUCUAAAGUGCCUGGACUUUGAGAAACCGCUGGAGCACACCAACCUGAUUGAAAAACUGAUAGAUGAUCUACAGGUGGACAUUUCCAGUAUGCACCAUCGGCCGGAGCACGGCCCAUUGCUACUCGUUUGGAUGCUGCUUCGCCUGCGAGGGACCAACGAUGCCGACGACGCUUCCAGUCUGUUACGGUGCCGUCAGCUGGGAAAGCGAGCCGUAGAUCUGAAGUGCUUUGUCCAACUGCACCUAAUUGCGAGGCAUUCCAUGUACGCCGAUGACUCGAUGCUCUCGCGGAUUGUGCGCAAGACGAUCUAUAACCAGUUAGGAUACAUGUGCAACCUGUUCGAUGGCGAUGGCAGCUGUGCCCGAUAUGAAGGCAUAUACGAAUUACUCUGCGAACUUCUUUCCUGGUCUCACAUAGCUAAGGACUUCUGCAGUCGGGAAGAUGAUGGCCCGCGGUCACUCUACAAAACUCUUUUGGAGAACUUUCCCCUAGAAUUUGCACAUCUGUCGAAACUGGCACAAUCGCUUACAAAAGCAGGACAAGGCAACUAUGUAAAAAGUCAGCUGGAAUCUCUGCCCAUACUGGCUCUCCUGUACGACGAGAAUCAGCAUAAACUUAGAGAGGUGGACACGGAUGAAUUUGAGCUUAUAGCCAGUGUACGUCCCUUUCCGAGAAUCGACUUUACCAUACCAGCAGGAACUAGUUGCACCGCCAUACAACAUCCCUCCGGCUGCUUUAUGCACUUUCGCACCCAGGUUAACUUCUUCGAUGCACUUCACCACGAGAUUAACUGUCUGUUGCGGGAGACGGGUCACCUACAUGGUGACUUUGAAUCCAGCGAGCGCAUCCGUCAUGUGGAAGCUGGCUUAAGAUUUUUAGAAAGCGCCGUCAAGCUCAGUCAAUCCAUUUCUGGCAUUAGCGCCGAGAUGGUGCAUCCCACCGAGAUGUGCGUCGAUCUGCUGCACAAGUUCAAGAGUGUCCAGUGCCCUCCAGUCGGACUUCUUUCCAGUUGCUUAAAUGUUUGCACAGCUCUGCUGCCGCUGGUGGACGAAGAGAUAUUUUCACGAAUCAGCAACCUGUACAUCCUGCCUACCGUUGGCCAGGGAUCCCAAUAUGACUUCAAGAUGUAUGCUAAUGCCAGUGGAGUUGGCUUCGAGUCGCGCUUCCUCGGUUCCGUCAUUGAUAACGUUGAGAAGAAGAGCGAGCGCUACGAAUUCCUACUUUCUUACCUCGGGUUCCUGCGCACCUACACCAAACUGAAACGGAAUCGUCAUAUCCAAGUAGAAAUUCCGGGUCUGAUAUUCCUGCUGAGGGAUGUGUUUCCACACUUGCACACCUGGCACUUCCGCUCUCAGUUGGAGAGAAACAAAAUUUACUUUGAGGUUCUGAGUUUCAUCUGCGACAUCUUGGAUUUGUUUAACACCAGUAGUGGAUCCACGUGCAAGCAGCGUGAACUCUUGCUAAAGGUGUGCGUCUACUCGCUUUUGAACUUGGAUAAUGGUCUCAUUCUUUUGAGAUUCGUAGGUGUUGGCAACGCCUAUGUACAGUAUACCAUGGAGCUGGAGACGAAUUGGAUGCAGCAGCAGCCACACGGUUUAAUGAUGCUUGUGCGCUUGUCCAUGCGCAUUCUGAUGCAGUUGCUCCGUCUGAAGGACAAGGUGUAUGGAAGCAGUGACACCCUAUCACCACUGGAGGCGUUGAUAUACACGCAACCCAAACAGCGCGAUACUCUGCGCAUAAUUCCCACAGUAUGCAGCUACAUGAGCAACAUUUUUGAUAGGUGGCUACCGAUCCUGUCCUGCCGCUUGCUAAAGAGAAUCGCUCUCGAGUUCAACAUGUCUCUUUUGGCCUGUUUGGAUAUGGAGGCGGAUCAAAUCAGAUUGACCUUUAUGCAGAAGUUGCCUGAUGAGUUGGAAAGCGAUUCGAUCAAGCUAGCCAUCCUGGAGCUUGUGGACGCUUGUAUUGCUAAGCAACCGGGCGUUACUGAAGCUUUCUUUAAGGUCAAUUACGCCCAGGACAAACGCUCCCGCUCUUUCUUUGGCAAAGAAUGUGUUCCUAAUAUUGGCGAGAGUAUUGUGACUUACAUGCGAGAGUUUCUGGAUGCCCUUCAAGUAGAACCACUGACCAUACAGCAGGCGUUACCCGCCAAGAUCAUGAACAUCUUCCACUCGCUCUGGAAGCAUAAUCUGCAGAUGCUAGUGGACGAACUGCUAAAGGAUAAUCAGUUUUGGCAAAAGCUCUGUGCACCGCUCUUCACCGAACUUCAGCCAAAUGUAAGGAUCUACACACAGCUCCUAAACAUCAUAUCCAUUGAGGUCUACACGGGCACUGUAAGCAAUGCAGCAUUGCUGGAGGUGAUGAACAAAUUCUUUCGGGCGGAGCAUUUUGGGACCUGGCUAAAUUACGUUUUCAACAUGCCGAAGGUUCCGGCUGCAAAUAACUUGAGUACCUCCGACGAGCUGCCCGACUGGAUCUGCUGCCUGCAAGCUUUCAAAGAUCUGAUAGUGAUUUUGCUGAAGAAACAACCAAAGUUCAUGACCAUACCCGAGUCGCAAUUCAAGCUGAUGGCCCAGAAGUGCCUAAAAGUUUUGGUCGAUCGCUCACACUAUCUCGAGGACAUGCGUCCCUUUAUCAUACUGGCCGAACUGUACGUGUUCCUUCUACUUCAAUUUAAGCACUCGUACACGAACAGCGAGGAGGAGGAGCAGGAACUGAUGGAGCUGCUGUUGCAGCUCAUGAAUCGCAUUUGCUCCUGCUACGAGGAUCAGCAUGUAAGGGCCAAAGAAGCAUGCUUGGCCAUUGUGACCAAAUGCACUCAUCUUUACACCGAUCUGCUUAUCCGGGACUCGUCUAUCGCCCUUCGUUUCCUUAACUCCGUCGUAAGCAUCAUUUGCAGCGAGCUUCAGCAUAUGGAGAACUCGGUGAACAUGGAAAAAACACAAUCCUUGAAUAGUUCGGACAAUUCAGACAGCAAGGCUUCCACCAACUCACUGAUCCUGUGCCUCAAUCUACUAAAGGCUGUGGCCACCAUUUUCCAUAACGAUGGUCCCGGAAACUGGGAUCUGCCUUUUGUGUCAGUUCGUCUAUUUCAACGGCUCGUGCGCUGCGUCUCCAAAACACUGCCCUUGUUUAGUAAACAGGUUCUUAGUGUCCAGCUCCUGGAUGUCUUAAUCGUAUUCGCCAAGGGCCACUGCUCCGUGGAGUUCCUGCACUGCGAUGUGGGAGAGCACUUGUGGCUGAAACUGCUGCCGCCGAGGGAACUUCUGCAGUCCAAGUAUGAGUUCACUAAGCCGGCGGCGGGUGAUGUAGAGCGCUGGACAGUGGAGCAGUGGUGGCCUGUGUACGCUAGGGGUAUCGAGCUCGUUACCAUCAUCUACGAAAAGCACAAGAGAUGCUUCCUCCAAGAAGCUUUCCAGUUUGUUGGUAUUCACGCUGUGUUCCUAGAGGAUGCCUUGCUACUGAGCAAACAAUCUUUAGAACCGGCAGCCAUGCAACUAAUAAAAGCAGCUGUUACCUUGGUGGCCAGUCUUACGGAACACCACAAAGAGUGGAAACAAGACAACGAUAUAUCGCUCGCUAAUAUAAUGCGUGCAGUACAGAGUCUUUUGUGUCACUGCUCAUCAUUGUUCCAUCAGCAAAGAAACCUGAAGUGUCUCCUGGCUGGUCGACGCUCGCAGCUGGAAAUCCUGCGCAGCACCGAUGCUAUAACAAUUGAUGAUGAAAUCAUUUCUGCCUGCAAUGACCUCACGGAUAUUAUUAUUUACUGCGUAAAGUCCUUAUUGAGAUUCAGCCCUGAUUUGAUGGAGUUAUUGUGCUGCAGUGUAUACGACCCUUCCAAGCACUCAGCACUGCUGGAUGUGAAGUUUGGAGCACCCAAGUUGAACGAAGAGAAUGUGACGCUCACAUUUGGAAUCAUCCUCAACUUGGUUAACAUAUACGUGAAGGCUUUAAAUAUGCAAAAUCAUGGCUUCAAUGAGGCACCCCUUAAUACACUUCCCACUGUGGAGCAGUCCGGGGACAGCGAUGAUGCAGACAUCUGUGUAGGCAACCAGACCAAUCGCACCUUCUCCAAAUCUCUGUCCACCGUCUCAAUUUCGUCCGUCAGCUGUCCAGCCAGUGAGUUGCUCUCCAACAUGGAUAGUCAGCUUUGUCUGCUGGCGUUGGAGCACCUGCUCAUGCUGGUGGCUUCGCAGGCCAUCUAUAUAAUACGCUCCCCAAAUCUGGAAACUCGCUGGAAACAAAUCGUGCGCCGGGACAUAAGCAACGAGCUGGUGAUCUUCAAUGAGUUCGUGCGCCGCAAGGUGAUAUCGGAUUACAAGGAAAACCGGAGUCCGUGGCUACGACGCAAGCACGGGCACUACAAGGUCAAGUUCUCCGAUCCAGCGAGGGGUUCCUCCAGUUCAUCCCGGAGCUCGGACAUUGUGCGCCGCAGCAACGCAACUACUAACGAGCUGCGAGUUAAUGUGGUUCGCAGACUGCACCUACAGCAACAGCAACGCACUCCUCCGCCACACAACUUCGACAUGAGCAGCGAAAUGAGUCCCAUAGCGGCACCUCAAGGUGCAGCCAUGUCCUCGACUUUGGAUGCCAGGGAUAGCCGGAAGCGUUUGUAUCCCGCUCAGCAGGCGGGCGAGGCCUUCCUGGAGGACGAAUUGGCUGCCAUUGACCUGCAGUUCUUCCCCCCGCCCUCGGAGAAUGGAUAUUCUGAAUUGUCGCAGGUUCAGAUGGUGGAAGAGGACUACCUCCAGCUGAUGUCGGCCCUCUUCAAUGUGAUGCCCCAUUGCGACUGAGCUGUUUACCCUCUUCAUUGUUAAGUGGUCUACGGAAUAUUGAAUAAAGUUUGUACACUAAAAAUAA